AUGCGAACCGUUGCAUGGCUGGAAAUCGAGUCGAGCACUCAAAAAGUGUGUGGUAUCAUUUCUAUCAUCACAAAUUCCUUUUUGAUAAUCCUGAUCCUUACCAAAUCACCACCGAAACUAGGUGCCUACAAAUGGCUUAUGCUGUAUACAUCGUUUUUUGAGUUGUUUUAUGCAUGCCUGAACUUCUUUGUGGGACCGUCAAUAGACACCUAUAACUCGGUGCUAAUUGCAUUUCAAGACUUGGAUAAAGUUCGGUUCGAUCAUGAGACUUCGCUUUUUUUGAUUUUAAUCUACUGUUCGUGUUUCGGUUCUUCAAUGGCAUUGUUUGCGGUUCAUUUUAUAUAUCGGUAUGGGGCGGUUAAUAUAGACUUCAAACAAAAAUACCUCUCCGGCGGCAGACAGCUCUUCCUUUACAUCUGCCCUCCCGCAUUCGGUGUCUUCUGGGGAAUCAACGUCUGGCUAACCAUGUCUGAGACACAGAUGAAAACCGACUAUGUCCGACAGCACAUUCUCAAAAAAUUCGGGAUGAGCAUUGAUGAGUGUGCCUAUGUUGGAAUAUUCUUCUGGCCAAAGGACAAGUCGGGGAAUGUCUAUCCAGAUGUCACCUCUUUUAUAGGAGUAUCUGUUAUGUAUAUUAUUUUGGGCUUCUCUAUGAUCAGUGUCACCUAUUUCGCCUUCAAUUGCUAUCGCUGGAUAUCUCGAAAAUUGGGGAACAUGGAAAAUGUAUCUCAAGCAGCAAAAUCUCUACAACUCCAACUAUUCUACGCACUAAUAGUCCAGGCAGCAAUUCCGUGUGUCUUGAUGUAUAUCCCCGCUGCUACAGUAUUCACAUGUCCAAUGCUAAAUAUCAAUUUGGAUCUGAAAUACCCUUUUAUUGGGGUCACAAUUGCUAUUUACCCUGCUAUCGACCCGUUUCCAACUAUUCUAAUUAUUAAAAACUAUCGAAAAGGAUGUAUUGAAUUAUUGACUUGUCGGUGGAAGAAGAAUCAGAUAUUAAUGGGUUACUCUCAUAAUGGAGUAUGCGUGUCACCGAAGCCAAGUGCACCGAAUAUCAAUAAUUUACUGACGAUUGCUGCACUCUGA